CCCCAAAUGAAGAGACGUACUUUCCGGAGCAAAGUCAACACUUGCAACAAGUUGAUCUCCCUAGCCUUCUCAUCUGAAAGAACGGCCUCUUUACAAAAUCAUCAUGCCGUUCAUUGAUUUAGAAAGCAAUUUACCUGAUAGUAUGUUUUCUGAGGAUUUCUUGAAAAAGCUGUGCUCCAAAACAGCUGCUGUUCUAGGGAAACCCGAAGAGAGAAUGAUGUUGGUGGUGAAACCUGGACUGCCAAUGCUCAUGGGUGGAACUUGCGCUCCUUGCGUUAUACUGUCCGUGUCCGCCAUCGGCGUCACUGACACUGCCGAGAAGAACAAGGAACACAGUGCCAAUAUCUUCCCUUUCCUCACAGGAGAACUUGGACUUACUGAAGACCGGGUCGUGAUCAGGUUCUACGCACUGGAGCCACAUCAGGUUGGAAAGAAAGGAACAGUUAUGAGUUACCUGUAGGAGGCACUUUCUGCAACAGAAUGACUUCAAACAUCUAUUCCACAACAGUUACCAUCGGAGAGAACAAACCCUGGCAGUGGAUUUCCACCACUCAAUUGGACAUGACAAAGACCUGUACUGAAUUUGAUCACUAUGGUAUGUGACCCCAUGAAUCUAUGCCCUGGAAACUCGUUCAUUUAUAUUACAUAGUUGUCUGCGAUAGUAAACCAGAACCAUACAUUUGACAAGCUAGCUGAUAUAAGAAUAUAUUCAUUUUUGAUUAGAGGAAAUGUAAAUCAAUUGACCUGUAUUCAAAGCUUUUACUAUGUAAUUUCACCUAUUCAUUUAGCAUACAUGAUAGACAAGUAUUAACAAUAAAUCAUUAAUUACAUACUAUGCAAUGGAAUCUAGGUAAAUGUCAGUGUACGGCAGCUGUGAAAUACCAUUCUAUGCAUUUGUUGAGAGUAUAGAAGUAGAUUAGCACAUAACACACUAUGUUGCAUUGGACUAACAUGCAUACUGUAUUUGUGAAGGACUGUGCUUAGUACAUUUCCAUAUAAUGUAUUCCUUUUGAGUAAAUGUUGUAAAGGCUUUGCUGUACAAUUAGUCUUGAAGUAAAAGUACUUAAAUUCUUA